AUGGAUACUUGCGAUAACACACGAGGCCGGUCAAUUUCGAUGACAUGUACUCGCAUCUACUUUUUCUUCUUUUUUUAUUAUUUCUUUACAUAUAUCCUAAAUUGUCAUUUUCUUUCCUUUUCUUCCUUUCUUUUCUUCUAUUUUAUUUCUUUCUUUAUAUGCCUUUUUCUAUUUGAUUUCCUUUCUUUCUUUCUUUCUUUCUUUCUUUCUUUCUUUCUUUCUUUCUUUCUUUCUUUAAAAAAGAUCCUAUCUUUGAUUCUUUCUAUAGAUUGUAUACGUCCAUUUUAUUUCCAAUUUAUUUAUUUCCUUUUCUCCCUUUCUUUCUUUAAAAAUCCCCUCUUUGCCUCUCUCUCUAGAUAUUUACUUCUUUCUUUCUUUCUUUCUUUCUUUCUUUCUUUCUUUCUUUCUAGAGACCAACCCUCUUUUUUCUUUUCCUUUUUCAUUGUAUGCUCUUUCUUUAUAUGUCAUUAUUCGAAAAUAAUCCUCCUUCUAUAUUUCUUUAUUCCCAUCUCUCUUUCUUUUUCCUCUUUCCUUCUUUUUCCAUUCCUUCCUAUUUUUCAUUUUCUUCCUUUCUCCCUCUCUAUUAGUUCUGUCUUUCUUUCUUAUACCGUUGCCUAUCACAAUGAUGGCGGCAUCGUUCUCGUACGAUUCCGCCUACCCAUCAAUCGGUCUGUCUCUCUGUCUAUCCCAAUAAAUAUUCAAGAUAACAAUAUUACAUGCGUCAGUCCAUUUGUUACUCUUUCGUGUUCUCAUUUUCGGUCAACCACAAAGCGAGACAUGUUUUUUUUUUGCUUUUCUUUUCAGAAACUUCCCUCUCUGUCUUUUUGCACGCAUACCUGCUUUGCAAUCGUCUUAUUUGCCACCGCUGGCAAGAAAACAUUUUGUCUUUUUCUCCCACCUCUUCGUCUUUUGGCUGACAAUCCGCCUUCUUCCUUUUUCUUUUACAUCUUUUUUUUUGUUUUCUUUUCCCUUUCACAAGAUCUUUACUUCUAUCUCUUCUUUCUUAUCGCAUUUCUUCUCUUUCUUUCUUUUAUUGUAGCUUUGUUCUCUCUUUUCACCGCUCUCUUCUUUGCCUUUGUUUUUGUCGACGUCACUUUCCCUUUCUUUCUCUUAUUCACUCCCAAAGAGUAUUUCUACCUGUAG